GUUCCUUUGGAUAUUAGAAUGAGUGCUCUUGAAAGUAUAAAAGAAAAAGCCUUUUUCUCCAACACGAAAAGAAAAUUAGAUGAUGAUCAAAGUGAUGAAGAUUUUUAUAAUGACGAAAUUGAUGAAAACAAAAUUGCUCAAUGUCAUAAUGCUUUAAUUCGAUUAUUUGUAUGCUGUGGCAUUCCUUUUCACAUAGUUGAUCAUCCAUUUUUCAAAGAUUUUGUAAAAACUUUAUAA